AUGAGCUGCGCCUCGGCGAGCGUCGUGCUGCCUGCCGGGGAGCCGCCGAGAGCCGCCGCCGCCCCGCUGGAGCUGCCGGCCGGAGCGGGGGAGGCGAGCGGGGACAGCCCCGAGGAGGGCGAGGGCCGGAGCGGCGGCUCGGAGAGCGGGGCCGCCGGCGGCGACAAGCCCGAGACGCGCUCGGUGUGCAGCAGCAGCGAGAGCGGCAGCGGCGGCCACGGCGGCGGGGCCGGCCCCAUCUGCAAGAUCUGCUUCCAGGGCCCCGAGCAGGGUGAAUUGUUAAACCCUUGCCGCUGCGAUGGCUCAGUACGAUACACGCAUCAGCUUUGCCUUUUAAAGUGGAUAAGUGAAAGAGGGUCAUGGACCUGUGAACUCUGCUGUUACAGAUACCAUGUUAUAGCCAUUAAAAUGAAAAAGCCUUGUCAGUGGCAAAGCAUUACUAUAACACUGGUUGAGAAAGUGCAGAUGGUUGCUGUAAUCCUAGGAUCUCUGUUCUUAGUAGCAAGUGUGACUUGGCUUCUAUGGUCAGCCUUCAGCCCUUAUGCAGUAUGGCAAAGAAAGGACAUCCUUUUUCAAAUCUGCUAUGGAAUGUAUGGUUUUAUGGAUCUAGUAUGCAUAGGACUGAUAGUCCAUGAAGGAGCAUCUGUUUAUCGAGUGUUUAAGCGCUGGAGGGCUGUGAAUCUGCACUGGGAUGUGUUAAAUUAUGAUAAAGCCACGGACAUAGAAGAGAGCAAUCGAGGAGAAUCCUCAGCAGGGAGGACAUUGUGGCUGCCACUGACUGCACUUAGAAACAGAAGUUUAGUUCAUCCAACACAGUUAACCUCACCAAGAUUUCAGUGUGGCUAUGUGUUGUUACACCUGUUCAACCGCAUGAGACCUCAGGAGGAUUCAUCAGAGGAUAACUGCUCUGGGGAAGUAGUGAUGAGAGUGACCUCAGUGUAAAGGUUGUGCUCACUGUGCUGCACAGAUAAGGAUAACGUGCCCUGGUGUUACAGGACUUCGGAAUGUAGUUAUGAUGAAUGGUGAAACCAUUAACACUUGAAAAAAUAUAUACACUUCUUUUUUUUUAAAUUUAAUGGUUUUUAUAUGAUCAGAUAAAACACAAAUACAUUUUUCUGGGGGGAAAAAGUCUCUUGCUUUUUAUA